ACAGCGAGCGGAGAAGCAGGAGGCGGACUCCCUCUCUCUCUCUCUGUCUCUCUCUCCUUCCUCCGCGUCCCGGUCCACUUCCCGGGCUUUUCAUCGCGAUGACGAGGAAGGCACGAGCGGCUCCCACAGGUGUGGCACGUCUAGCUGCGGGACACGCGCACCUGGACACGACCAUGUGACUGGAUACCUGGGCGUGGAUAAAGUCCCACUCGUUCCUCCUUUGUCGGAGGAGUGACGCGUCGCCUUCCUCGGGAUUUGACAUUUCGCUCCUUUUAACCGGAAUAGUGCCUUUUCUGGAGCCUUCAUCGAACCCGUGACGGGAGGAAUGUGAACUUUGCUGUCGGACUUCUCGCUACCGGAGCCACGCGCCUGAGGAAACUACGCUUUUCUCGUCCAAGAGUCUGGGCCCUUAAUGAAGCCCGGGGUCAGCAGCAGUGUCCGGCUAAUUGGCCAGGUUUGCCCGAGGCUCCGGCUGCGUGCGAUUGAACAGUCCAGGGAGGUUUCUCCGUGCAGCCGCCACCUCUUCCUGUGUCUGGACACGAGCGUCGCGGCGUCUGCGGCUCCCUAGUGGUUUGGGCUCAAACUUCUCCUGGUUUGUACGGAUGGGGCUUCUGAAGACCUGCUAGCUGUCGAACAACCAAACUGAUUUCUCAAGUUCGUGGACCGACUGAAUGGUCAUUUGAAGUGCACUCCUGCUAUUUCCCCAGGAUUUGGACAGAUUAACCAGCAGUCCGCAGGAGAAUUCCUGGACCAAAUCCACUGCUCAGGCGGGCUCAAGUCUGGAGCCAAGGCCUCGAUUGAUGGUGGUCACAGACGGACUCGGACCCCAGACAGAGUCGCUGGUGUGAAAGACCCCGUAGGCAACAGAAAAACAGAGAUGACGCCCUGGCUCUGGCUCCUGGUGCUCCUGGUUAGCCAGUUGGCCUCGGCUGCCCAGGAGACCUUUAACACCGUCCCUUUCCUGGAGUUUAAACCAGAGACCCCCAUUAACAACGUGGUCCAGGACCCACUCAGCGGACGCAUCUACUUGGGCGCGGUGAACACCAUCUUCCAGCUGGGACCGUCGCUGCUCCUGGAAGCUCGCGCUGAGACGGGCCCCAAAGAGGACGCCCUGACCUGCACGCCGCCGGCCUCCACCUGCCAGGACACCAAGGCCAUGCCGAACCACAACAAGCUCCUGCUGGUCCACCCCAGCAAGGGUUCGCUCAUCGUCUGCGGGAGCCGCUACCGAGGGAUCUGCUCGCUCCUGAACCUGACCAACGUGGAGCAGCAGUUGUACUACAGCGACAGCAAGGGGGAGAAGACCUACGUGGCGAGCGUGGAGGAGAACGUCAACGUGGUGGGCGUCAUGUCCACCUUCACGCGGGACGACCACACGUUCCCAGUGUUUCUGGUCGGGAAGGGCUACGGGGGCCACGAUAGCACAAAGCUCAUCAGCACACGGAUCCUGCAGGACUUCCGGGAGUGGGUGGUGUUCGAGAGCAUCGUGGAGGCGUCGACGGUUCAAACCACGCCGUUCGUCCCCAAGUACCUGCACGACUUCCGUCACGCCUUCAAGGAGGACGGCUUUGUUUAUUUCCUCUUUUCGCGGACGCUUAACGGAAUGGAUAACAACAACUUGACUUUCGUGUCGCGCCUUUGCGAGAAGGACCCGCACUACUACUCGCACACGGAGCUGCAGCUGAAAUGCGGCGACGACAACUACUACAGCAAAGUGCAGGCCGCCUUUGUCGGCUAUCCUGGGAAGGAGCUGAGUCGCGUCAUGACCUCGUCCGGAAACUACGGAAAAGUCAGCGACUCUACCAAAAUCCUCUUCAUGCUAGCAAGUCCCGACAACGACAAGACGGAAUCGGCGCUCUGCUUGUACCCGCUGACCUCCAUCAAUGAGCGCGUGGUCGACAUCAUCAGCGCCUGCUACAGCGACCGCGGGAAAAUAUCCGGGUUUCUGGCGGUCGACAUUCCGUACUCAUCCAAGUCUGACGAACCGUGCACAUCCAUGCCGAAAGACACAAUGGAGAACUUCAAGUGCGGAGGCGACUUUCUGCCGUCCCCUCUGGCCAGCAAACCCAGAUUCGCCCUGAAAUCCAAACCCAUGCUGACCAUGAAGAAGCUCCUGACCUCUGUCGCCGUCGCGGUGGAGAACGACCACACCAUCGCCUUCCUGGGAAACGACCAAGGAGAGGUCUUCAAGGCCCACCUGGCCAACAACCCCUACAUCUACAGCAGCAUCGACACGUCGGGGAGGAGGGUGAACAAGAACCUCUUCUUCGAUGACAGCAGCAGCCACAUCUACAUCACCACGGAGAGAAAGAUCUCCAAGGCGCCGGUGCAGACGUGCCUGCAGAAGAAAGACUGUCUAUCAUGUGUGGAUAUGAAGGACCCGUACUGCGGCUGGUGCGUUCUGGAGGGCAGGUGUACCAGGAGGUCUGAGUGUCGGCGGGCAGAGGAGAAGAACGGCUGGCUGUGGAGCCCGAGGCAGCAGUGUGUGAAGAUCCUCUCCUUCUAUCCUCCCAACCUCUCGUGCAAGAAGACUCAGAAGGUGAAGAUCAACAUCCCCUUUCUUCCCUCUAUCGGACCCUCGGAUCAUCUCCACUGCACCAUAAAAGACUUCCGUAGUCCUGGGAACAUGUCAGAACCAGGGCAGGUGUCAUGUGACUUGCCCGACCCGGCGGUCAUACCCCAGACUCCGGAGGACCAAGACUUCGUGGCUGUGCCGGUUGUGGUGUACGUCAACGAAACGGUGGAGUUGGCGUCGAAAGAUUUCCAGUUCUACAACUGCGCAGCUACAGUGAGGAAGUGGGAGAACACGCCGUGUAUGUCCUGCGUGGCCAGCUCGUGGCGCUGCCAGUGGAACACCAACGACCACACGUGCAGCGACAUGGACGACAGCGUCUCCGGACCCAACAUCAUCAAGCACCGACAGGGUCAGUUCUGCCCGAGGUUUGAGAACCCAGACCCGGGUUGGAUCCCCGUGGGCUACAAGACUCGAGUUAGCUUCGAGGGCAUCAAUCUGGACCGGUACCAGAGACGGGUUUUCACCAUCGGCACUGAGCUGAUGAAGAACGCUGAAGAGGAAGUGAAUAUCGAGGAGGAGCCCUUCUACACCUUCAGUGGCUUCAAUUUUUCCUACGACAAGUCCCCGGAGACCAACGUGCUGUUCUACAUGAAGGAGAAGGAGUCGGGCCGGCGCAUGGACAGCACACUGAACGUCACCCUCUACAACUGCUCUGUGGGCCGAGAGGACUGCAGCUUGUGCAAACACGCCGACUCCAAGUACGACUGCGUGUGGUGCCCCAGACACAAGUCUUGCGUCUACCGCAAGCUCUGCAGCCAGGACGAUUUGGACGACCCCUCCAAAACGGAAUGUCCCGACCCCGAGAUCACGGACAUCAUCCCUCGUUUCGGGCCCCUGAAGGGGGGCAUCUCCAUCACCAUCAAGGGCUCCAACCUCGGCAUCCACAGAGAUGACAUCGAGAGCAUCACUGUGGCCGGGCAGCCGUGUGUUCACCAGCGGGACAAGUACUCCGUCUCCACCAGUGUGGUGUGCGAGAUCAGACCAGUCGCAGGCAACAAAAACUACUCAGGCAAAGUGGUGGUGCAGGUGAAGGGUGAGAAGAAGGGAACCUCCAACAUCCUCUUCACCUACAGGGAUCCCAUACCCAAGAGCGUGAGUCCAAGUCGUGGGCCCAAAGUUGGUGGAACCCUCAUCACCAUCAGCGGAGAACUUCUGGACACAGGAAGCGAGGAGGACGUGCUGGUGACCGUGGGAGGAGUGGAAUGCAUGGUGGACCAGUUCGGGAAGGAUAUCACCUGCAGGACAGGGGAGUAUCUCCAGCCCUCUGAUCCGCUGCCCGUCACUGUCAAGUACGGGAAGGACACCACCUUCUCCAUCCCUGCUGCCUUCCAGUACCUGGACAACCCCAUCGUGCUGGAACACCUCCCCAGAGAGAGCUUCGUCUGUGGUGGACGGAACAUAGUGGUGACUGGUUCUGGCUUCGACUUGAUCCAGACGGCUCUCAUGAUGGUGGAAGGAGACAACUCCAGUGUGUCUGAGCCAGCGCAUGAGAAAAACGACACGGUCCUCCAGUUUCACUCUCCAAAAGUGGACGUCAAAAAGAACCAGCAGUUGAGGACCUUCAUCCAGCUGGACAACUUGGUCAAGGAGCUGAAGCCCUUCAACUAUCACCCUGAACCGACCUUCAACAAGUUGGCCAAGAAGGUCAUCACAGAGUCCAGCAUCAUCAUCGUGACGGGCCGAGGCUUCUCUCAAGCCAUGACAGCCAAAGAGGCUCAGGCCUUUGUGGGCGACGUCUCCUGUCAAAUCAGCAUCCUGCAGGAUGACAAGAUCUUUGUGGUCCCUCCGCCCUCGCAGCCCAGAGCUCGGUCCAGAAGACCCAGACGAGACACUCGCUCGGAGCUGCUGGAAGUGGUGAUCAAGUUCGGCUACGGCGAGUGGGUGGUGGACUCGGUGCAGUACGAGAAGAAGAACGAUUUGUCGCUCUACAUCAUCAUCCCGGCCGUCGUCGUGCCCAUGCUGCUCAUCAUCGUCAUCUCUGUCUACUGCUACAGGAGGAAGUCUCAGCAGGCCGAGCGCGAGUACGAGAAGGUGAAGCACCAGCUGGAGAACCUGGAGGAGAGUGUUCGCGAUCGCUGCAAGAAAGAAUUCACAGACUUGAUGAUCGAGAUGGAGGACCACACCAACGACAUGAGCGAGGGACGCAUCCCGUUCCUGGACUACAAGACCUACACCGACCGUGUCUUCUUCCUGCCAUCUAAAGAUGGCGCCAACGAUGUCAUGAUCACGGGGAAGCUGGACAUCCCAGAGGCCCGCCGGGCAACUGUCAACCAGGCGCUGAACCAGUUCUCCAACCUGCUCAACUCCAAAACGUUCCUCAUCAACUUCAUCCGGACUCUGGAGGGCAGCAAUGACUUCAACGCCAGAGCAAAGGUGUAUUUCGCCUCCCUCCUGACGGUGGCGCUGCACGGAAAGUUGGAGUAUUACACAGACAUCAUGAGGACGCUGCUGCUGGAGCUGAUGGACGAGUACGUGCACAGCAAGAACCCCAAGCUCAUGCUGCGCAGGUCAGAGACGGUGGUGGAGCGCAUGCUUUGCAACUGGAUGUCCAUCUGCCUGUACCAGUUCCUAAAGGACUCAGCGGGAGAACCCUUGUACAAGUUGUUCCGCGCCAUCAAGCACCAGAUCGAGAAGGGACCGGUGGACGCCAGAGUGAAGAAAGCCAAGUACACGCUCAACGACACGGGCCUGCUGGGCGACGACGUGGAGUACUGCGUCCUGACCCUGCAGGUGCUGGUCCAUGGUGAAGGUCCUGACGUGACGCCCGUCAAGGUGCUGAACUGCGACACCAUCUCGCAGGUGAAAGAGAAGAUCAUCGAGCAGGUUUACCGGAACCAGCCGUACUCACAGAGACCCAAAGUCGAGAGCGUCACGCUGGAGUGGCGACCUGGCUCCACGGGUCAGAUCUUGUCGGACUUAGACUUGACCUCUCAGAAAGAAGGCCGAUGGAGGCGCAUCAACACCCUGGCGCACUACAACGUGCGAGACAACGCCACGCUAGUUCUGUCCCGGGUCCAACACACGCAGCAGAACUACGACCAGAACCAGGAGAACCACGAGGAACGUAACGCCCUGCUGGAAGAUGACAAGGUCUUCCACCUGGUGCGACCUUCUGAUGAGCUGGACGAGAUCAAGUCCAAACGCGGAAGCAUCAAAGACAAGUCCAUGACCAAAGCCAUCACGGAGAUCUAUCUGACCCGACUGCUGUCAGUCAAGGGGACGCUGCAACAGUUCGUAGAUGACUUCUUCCGCAGUGUGCUCUGCUCCGGCGCGGUGGUGCCCCCUGCUGUCAAGUACUUCUUCGACUUCCUGGACGAGCAGGCGCAGAAGCACAACAACGUGGACGAGGAGACCAUCCACAUCUGGAAGACCAACAGCCUCCCCCUGAGGUUCUGGGUCAACAUCCUGAAGAACCCUCACUUCAUCUUUGACGUCCACGUGUCCGAGGUAGUGGACGCCUCGCUGUCGGUCAUCGCCCAGACCUUCAUGGACGCCUGCACCAAGAGCGAGCACAAGCUCAGCCGGGACUCUCCCAGUAACAAACUACUCUAUGCAAAGGAGAUCUCCACUUACAAGAAGAUGGUGGACGACUACUACAAGGGCAUCAGGCAGAUGGUCUCUGUGAGUGACCAAGACAUGAACACUCAUCUGGCUGAAGUGUCUCGGUCUCACACAGACAAGCUGAACACCACGGUGGCUCUGCACCAGCUCUACCAGUACGCCAGCAAGUACUACGACGGGAUCAUCGCCUCCCUGGAGGACGACCCGGCCGCUCAAAGUAAACAGCUGACCCUGCGGCUGCAGCAGGUCGCCGCUGCCCUGGAGAACAAAGUGACUGACCUCUAACCCGAGAUGGAUCCAGGUGUGGGGCGGGUCCCGCCAGCCACUCCGGGGGCUUACUUCUUCCUUCUCCAACGAUCCCAACAUGGAGAUGGGACCAAGACUGGAGGCCUUGGGGACAAUAUUCUGCGGAGUAUCAGGGACAGUUGGAGUUGUUCGCCUUAAAGCUCACUUGCCAAACCCCCUUAAAAGGUCUGCGCUCACGCCUCGCCGCUCCCAUCAUGCAUUGCGGGGGAGGUAAGCCCACCUGUGGGAAACUGGCGCUCCGGAUCAUCAGAUGUUGAGUUUCAUUUCUGUUCCAAAUCAAGAAAUCCUUUAUGUAUUUUUUUAUCGUGAUGUCUUUGCGCCCAAAGCUUUAUAAGGAAAACAGUGUGUUUGUACGGGCAGCCUGUGGACGGCGUUUGUAUCAGGCACAGUGCGUGCGUGCGAGGACGCUCCCGCCAUCGUGGCUCAGUCGAACAACUGCUUUGUCUCUUUAGUCCCACAGUGUCAACCUCCCUUCGCACCUCACGAGGGCGCCACACAAAUCCAAGACUGCGUACACACUCCGCCAAUUAUACCCUCCAAUUUGGUCCCAGUAAGAAAUCAUGUUCGCACACUUAAUUCGUCGUGAGUAGAUGGUUUUAUUAAAGCCGCUCCCCUUGACGAAAUAACGGUAAUUUUUUCGCAAUAAAUGGACGUAAAAAACAAUCUGGCAACAUCAAAAUUCAAAAGAAUUUCAAUAUUAACACUAUAAGACUGUUAUUGUGUUAUAAAAUAAAGACCUGCAGUUUUUUGUGAUGCCAUCUCAGGAGUGUGAACGCAGUCGUUGCUUUGUGUUUGCCAGCCGUUGCAGUGCGUUUGGGAAUCCAGACUAGCACAGUCAAUCUCCCUUUAUUGUACAGAUACAUUCCUCCUCAAGCGAAGCACAGAAGAACACUUGUUUUCCUGAACAACUUCAGAUUUUUAACCUAGCGUUUACUGUUUUAAUAGCUUUUGGUUUCACGCGGAAACGUCCGGACCUUCGUGGAGUCGCUCAUAUUAACGCUACAAUAGCACCAUGAGUCGCAAUCAUUACCGUGUUGAGGAAUCGUAGCAUUUCAGCAAUAUGUCGGACAGAUUUUUAUCGGCUUUUAUUUGUCUUGUUUUUUUUAAUAACUUCUUUUUGCUUUUUAUGAAAUAAUUCUGCCUCGAAAGCUCAAAUUAGCCAAUUGCUAACGUGAAUAACUUGCUAGCGGCUGGUACGUCUGCUUCACACGACACGACUCUGAAGAUUACGAAGCCGUCAGAACAAAUUCAUGAUGGUUUAGCGCCCUCUAUUGGAUUAGUUGUAAAGGACAGUGGUCUUGACGCUUUUGCUAUUUAGCUAAGAACCAAUUGGUGAUGCAAACUGUUCAAAAUAUACGUUUGAUAUUUUGUUUAAAAAUAGUGUUGUGUUUAUGAUAACCGUUGGAGGGCGCUACAUCGUAACAUAAUAAAAAUCGGGAGCCAACAUUGUAUAUAUGUUCAUGUUUAAGGUCACAUGACUAGAGCACAUAUGAAGUCCUUGCUGUUUAUUGCAGUUAAAAUUUAGUCGGUACGUUCUACGCCGAAUGCCCCGCACGAGGCUUUGGCGUCUCACACAAUUCAGAAUAUCCGUGACAAACGAAUAUUUAUUCUACAUAGGAAAUGAGUGGAAUCUAGGCUCUUGGAACUCUGGCGUCUGGCUCCAAUUGGAGUUCCACUUUCAUAAUAACAAUUUAAUUCCGAACAAGCACCUUCAUGUCUAACGGUCAUGUGACUUGUGAUGAGUCAGGUGGUUCUUAACAGGCUGAUCGAAAGUGGAACUUACUACUGAACAGCAGGGGGCCAUGAGGAACACAUGGUACGAUGGCACAAUUGUUGCUCUACCCUCUCUCUUCAUCAGCCUCCAGUCACACCUUCAUGCCCUCCUUCCUCACGGAGCUCAGGUUCUCUUCCUCUUCUUCGUCUCCAACAUUCCUGCUCCGGUUCCUCUUCAGUUUCCCAAACCGUUUGUCUCCACAUGUCCCUCUGAUCUAGUCACUCCCACUCAUCUAAAGGCCCAUUUAUGCUCAAUGUUACAUUCGGAUCCGGACGGAAACUUCAGUCCAUGUUCUGCGUUCAUUUCCGCUGUAUUUCUGCGUAUUUCCACAAAGCUUACGGAUACGAGCCAAACACAGCAGUAGUCAGUUUGUUGUUGUUGUUAUGAACGUUUGACUCUGGGCUGCUCCCCCUGGUGGAUAUGGUUGGUGAACAGCACCAACGUAACAAACGCAUAGAAGAAUGUGACGAUAAUUUCGUAGAAUUUCGUAUAUAAAGGGAGCAUAGGUGGGUCCUAACUCUGACUCCAGUGACUAGAUACUCGGCACCUGUCGAGUUCUUCUUGUAAAAGAUCAUGUUUCCGGUGACACCUUCAGAGUCGUGUCAGGUGAAGUCAGCA